GGCAGACUGGCAGCAGACUGCACUUCGCAUGAGCACGAGGCAAGAUCAGAGAGUGAGGAUUUAUAUGACAGCUACGUUUUAAUAGCAAGAUCCGAGUGGCUAACAGCGGGGUACUGCGUCUUACCAUCAUCUUGGACUUACAGAUGGAGGGAGUGCUGAUUUUAAAAUCCGCCUCUCCUCCAAACUGUCCCCCUCAAGACUCUUCUCCUCUUUCACCUGAUGCUCAGGAAGAUUCAGAUCUGCAGUCACCAUCUCCUGUGCCUCCUCCAAUGUGUAUUACCGCUGCACCAGCACCUCCACCUCCUCCUCCUCCUCCUCCUCCUCCUCCUCCUCCUCCUCCACCACCCCCUUCCUUUGGCUCUCGUAACGUCCAGCGGCGUUCCAUGAAGAAGCUGAACUGGGACACCAUCCCCAGUCAGCGUGUACUGGGCAAAUUGAACGUCUGGACGUCUAAACGGCCUCAGAGGGAUCUUGUGCUGGACAUCCCGAGCAUCGAGGAGUUGUUCAGUCAUGUAGACAAACGGGCCUCGCUGCCCAACUCCAGGAUCACGGGUCUGAUGACCUGUGAUGGCAUGGGCCUCUUUCCACAGGAGCCUCAGGUCACAAUCCUUGACUCUAAAAAGAGUAUGAAUAUUGGGAUCUUUCUAAGACAUUUCAAGAGGUCAAGGACAGAAAUGGUGCAGGAUAUUUGUCAAGGGAACUGGCUGAGAUUUGGGACAGGAAAACUAAAAGAGCUUUGUAAGCUACUGCCAGAAGAAAGGGAGGUGAAGCAGCUGCUGUCAUUCAGUGGGAACCUUUCCGUGUUACCAGAGGCUGACCAGUUCAUGGUGCAGCUGGUCAAAGUGCCGGGCUAUGAGGAACGGCUGAAAACAAUGGUGCUGAGGGAGGAAUUCUUUCCUCUUAUGGAGGAGGUGAAGAACUCUGUUGCUGUCUUGAUCAUGGCAGCUAAUGAGCUGUUGGACUGUGAUGACCUCCACUCGGUCAUUCGACUAGUAUUAAAAGCUGGGAAUUACAUGAACGCUGGUGGUUUCAGUGCCAAUGCCAACGUCAUCGGCUUCAGGAUGACCUCUCUGCUCAAGCUGGCAGACACCAAGGCCAACAAGCCUGGCAUGAACCUCAUGCACUAUGUUGCCAAGCAAGCAGAGGACAUCGAUGCUGCAUUGCUGACAUUUGCCACCCAGCUUGAACACAUCGGGAUGGGAUCAAGAAUUUGUAAAGAGGAGGUCAUCACAGACUUUGAGAGGGAAGUCAAGAAAGUCAAGGAAGUGAAAUUGUACAGCAGCAGACAUCCUGGCCUCUUACAACAAAUCGAUACAUUUUUUAUGAGGGCUGAGGCCAAGCUGGCCAAUUUGGAGACCUCUCUUCAGGAGCUAAAGGCUCUGAGCAAUGCUGUCGCGGAGUACUUCUGUGAAGACCCAGCUACCUUCAAACUGGAGGAGUGCUGCUCCAUCUUUCAUUCGUUUUGCAAGCGGUUUGACACAGCUGUAAAGGAGAACCAAGAGCGAGAGGCAGUAGAGCAGAGGCGCAAGCGGAAGGACAGUGUGCGGAUUGCAGCCAAACGCCGCCCCACAGUGUCUUGCGUGGGACCUGCGCGUGAUCGGGACUCCUCGAGCUUGGAGUCGGCCCUACACAGCUUUCUCUCGACUGCUCCAGAGGGAUUAGUCAGAUGCAGGAAGAACAUACUGCCCACAAUCGAAGGAUCCCCCUCUGAGCACACCUCGGGGACCGUUCCAUUAGAAGGAAAAACUGAGGCUACGCCAUGCACUAGACAAGAGAGACACGAGAAAAAACAAUCCAAACUGCAGCAGGUGGACAGGAACAUGGCAGAUCUAGAAAACAAAGAAGAAGCUCAAAAGAUCCGUGAGAUAACUCGGAAGGUGCUUCGCUACCAAAACAGCAAAAGCAGCCUAGAUGGGGACAGAGUUUCAGGCACUCCUCGUCAGUCAGAGAGAGAACAAGACACACCGGCUACCCCAAGAACCCCUCGGCCUAGAACCAGAGACUUCUUCUUUUCCAACAAUGAGGGUGUGGGCUCCCCGUGGACUAUCCUGAGUCCUUUUACUUGCGACCAAAGAAACGCCUCCCACCGAGGCAGACGACCACACCAACGCAGACUAUGCUUAACGCCAGGUGGAGAUGAACUUGAUGAUGGCGUCUGGGAGAGUGACGAAGGCAAUUAUCUCACCAAGUCCUCCAGUCAGGAAAAUCUAACAUCUCCAUCUGUGGGUUGUGCAUCUCUUCCUGAGUGCCCCAGUCAGAGAGCUGUGUCAAAGGUUCCAUUCCUCAGGUCCAUUUCCAUGGAUGAAACCAUGAGAUCUCCAGCACCUGGUUUCCGGCUGGGAGACUUGUUCCAGAAAAACUUGUCUCAAAGGUCAUACUCCUCUGGAUCAAGGACAGAAAACUUGAAAGAAGAGGCAGGAGUCAGUUCAUUGCUUGGUAGGAAGGCAGGGAAUCAUGUAGAGGGUGAAGGGAGCACCUCUGGGUUCAUAUCCUUCUUCAGACGCAUUGGAAGCAGAAGUAAGCCUGGUGAUGGGGAAGAACAACAUAACAAAGGAUCUAAUACUUGAUACCAUUUUUUUUUUAUUUAGAGUCAAAGGCCAAGCUUUGCCUUUUUUUGUGUGUUUUAUAUUGUUAAAAUUAGUUUGUCUAUUUUUAUUGUUAAAUAUUUACCCUUCAGUGGACCCAAGGCAAAUGGGGACUUGCUUUGAACUGUGAAGGUUUUGAUUUUGUGUGAUUUUAAACCACAUUCAAAAAUCUUCAUUUUUGUCUUUUUGUGCGUAA